CUCCUUCUUAUGCGCCACUGUCGCCUCCUGCAGGCGGGGAGGAGCCACAGCCGCACAACACAACAAACGAGCCAAUCAUGUUGCGGCGGGGCGUGUCCUGCCUAGAAACGAGGUGGGAAUCCGCGUCCCCGUUAGCAGCUCAAAUAACUAGCGUGCCGGGCAAAAACAAGAUUAUUUUGACGAUGAAAAUAUUCUUGAAGGAUUAAAGGGGCGCUGAAAUUGCCGACCACGGGAGAGGGGAAGCAGAGGUAGUGUGAAAUAUGAACGUUAAUCACAGCAGCGUGCUUUAAAUGUGACUUUUUCCGGUUAGUUUUGUCAAACUAUCAAAUGGAUACAGUCUUUUAUAUUACUCUUAUUCUUAAUCCCUCCCCCAACGUUUACAGCAGUGCAGCACAGGAUAACAUGUACUGGACUAAACUAACAUAGUUAGAAAGCGUAAUUAGCAAUACAUUUAGUCAUACAAGGACACUAAAAUCCAUGCAUCUAUCUUCCAUAUAAUAAUAUAACGCUUCCUGUCUUUACAAUAACCACAGGCAACACUUGGUGGCGCUGUUUCAAACUAGUGCAGUGGUGCCUCGAGAUACGAGUUUAAUCCUAUUCCGUGACCAUGCUCUUAUCUCGUACACUCAUAUUGCUCAGAGUGUUUUUUUCAAGUGUUCUCUGUCAAUUGCCCGUCCGUUGUCGUACGAGAGCGGCUCCGACUACAGGAGACAAAUUCCCGGUGUGUUUUUUUGGUUUCGUAUCUCAAAAAAACUCGUAAGUCGGCUCACUACUCUCAGGGGGCACCGCUGGAAUUCCGAAUCGCACGUCUGCAGAACACUGAAGCUUUCCCCAAACGCAUUCAUCUGUUUCACUGAUGAUGAUGAUGAUUGGUGAUGAAGAGGAAGUCCAUUUUGUGCACGAGGAGAUGAGCUUGAAGUCGAGAGAUGUGGACGGUCGCCUUGACGACGUCCUGUCCCGCAUCGCCAUGGAGACACAAGAGAUCCAAGAGCUGGAGCAGCAGCUGACAGACGGGCAGAUUUUGGCCAACGAGCUUCUGCAGAAGGACCUGGAGGGAAUCCUCGAUGGACUUCCGGAAUAUCUCCGAGGACUUCGACUCAAGGCCAGUGACCUGCAGGCUGAGAAUGAAGGGCAUCAGCGCCACCCGGAGGACGCUCAGAGUCGCCGCAGGCAGCUCGACGACUCGGCCCGCGCUCGCGCGCAGAUGGCCGUCCGGCAGGAGGCGCCGGCGGGGCCGAAGACAGAGGCUCGGGCUCUGAAAAGGCAGAAGGCGGGGCUGGAGGCGGAGCUGAGGAAGUUGAGGGAGGAGCUAAACCAACAGUUCAGACCGGGACAGCGGAGCAGCCCCACGACCGGCACAGACCAAACCCAGGAGAAAAGGCUCGGACCGCGGGACCGGCCGGAAGACCGGAGACCGGGAAGCGUCGCGACUGGGAGGACGUCCAGAGGAAAAGACGCUGCUUGUCCAUCGGGGGGCGCCGCACGCGCUCACGUGGACUCGUUGCUACACGACAAAAACAACACGAAGCAGAAACCGCGACAGGGAAACCAACCGCUACACCGCACAAACAGGUUUGUGCGUGAGAGACGUGAUGACUCGACAACAGUGUGCGCGCGUGUGCUGCGCGUAUGCGGCGAGGUGCGUUGCGUGGAGCGAACGCUGGACAAGAGACGAGCCGAACUUCGCGAGGCCGACAGACGACUGACGGACGCGCGGGCGUGUUUCCGCACCAAUCAGGCGGCGUGCCAGCGCAGCGCCACCUGCCUGAAGCAGAUCGCGCUGCGCCUCAGAGUUCUUCGCGAUGAGGAGGCGGAGCUUAGCAGGAGGAUGAGGGCGGAGCAUCAGCGUCUGAGAGAAGUGAAGGCGGAGCUAAAGGAUCGAGAGGCGGAGUCCCAAGCGCUUUGCACGACAAUACACAUGGCCACGCACAAACUAUCUGAGCUCAUGUCCGCGUGUCAGGAGGCUCGUGCAUGUUUGGACUGGACCCUCACUCAGGUGGCGCUAAAAACCACAUCCAAAGAUUCAUCAUCAACUCGCAAAUCAACAAAAACACACAAGAUGUGAGCGCCGCACGCUGGACUAUGGCGGCAUCGCACAGACGACAACAAACGUCAACACGGAGACGACGAAGAUGAGGAUGAGGAGCGACAGUACCUGCACCGCAGCGGGCCGCCGGCAGCUAAUGACUCACUUC